AUGUUCAACCUAUUAACAUCUUUUAUUAACGGGUUUGAAAAGUCAAUGAAGGGUGGUCUUUUUAGUCUUGAGCAAGUAGGAGACACGGCAUUCAAGGCGAGAUUAAAUAAUGGUAGUGCAUAUUCAUUCCAUAAUGCGGAAGAUCUGAGAGGUCUUUUGUGGCUAGACGAGAAGAAGAAACAAUUCGUUGUUGUGUGGUUUUUCGACAAAGGUACCGAAUAUUUAGCCUUUUGCAAGAACGGGGAAGAUCAUUACCGCGACAUUCCGAUACGAAAAAAUGUUGGUAAAGAGUUACAAGGCUUAUAUGAUAAGGUACUUUAUGGUGGUGACAGUCUUUACAUCUCAACGACUCGUCAAUCGAUUCGAAAGCUUAAAUUUGUUGGACAAGAAGGUUUCAUUGAUGUCUCCAACAGUGAGAUAUUACCAUUUCGUAAAAUCUCAUUUUAUCUCCCAGAUGGAGCAAGAUUUAGCAAUAACAUUGCUGUUACAAUAUCAGGAGAGGUUUUGUUGGUUCAGAACUUCUUUUACGAGGCAACAAGAUAUAGGAGCUUCCGUCUGUACAAGAAAGAUCCUAAUCCAGACUUGAAUACUAUUAUCAACAACCCGUACCCGAUGGUUGAGGUAUAUUCUCUAGGUGAUGAGGCUCUGCUUCUAGAUUUGGGUAUCACCGUGUCUGCGGACGGUACAGUACUUGGUAUCGAACGGAACUCCAUCUACUUCACCCGUCAUGACCGUGUCCGUAGUGGCCGGAAACAUUCAUGUCUGGACAUCUGUGUGUUCAAUCUUGCAACAAAGAAACUCAAACGCUUCCCGGGUCUCUCCAACUUAAAGCUCACGGAUGCUCGAUGCGAGAAGAAGAUUGAUCUUCCACCUCUAGAGUCCAUCAAAGGUGGCUUUGUUACUCUUUCACGAGUAGGAGAUAAAAAAUUCAGCGAGAGGUUUACUUAUGGUAGCGAAGAGUUCAUCAAGAAUGCUGAAGAUCUGAGAGGUCUUUUGUGGGUAGACGAGAAGAAAGAAGAAUACGUUGUUGUCUGGUUUUUCGAUAGAGGUGCCAGAUAUAUAGCCUUUUGCAAGAAUGGAGAAGAUCAUUACCGUGACAUUCCAACACAAAUCGAUGUUUGCAAAGAGUUAACUGAUAUGGUACUCCAUGGAGGUGACAGUCUUUACAUCUUAACGAAACGUCGAGUCAUUAGAAAACUUACAUUUUCUAAACAAGAAGGUUUCGUGGACGUGGCCAAGUUCAAUGAUACAUUUCGUCAAACCACAUAUGAUCACAUAAGUGGAGCUAUACUAAGCAAUAACAUUGCUGUUACAACAGCAGGUGAGGUUUUAUUGGUCCAAAACUUCUAUUACGAGACAACAAGAUAUAGGAGCUUCCGUCUCUACAAGAAGGAUCCUAAUCCAGACCAGAACCUGCUUGUUAAGGUUACAUGUAUGAGUGCAGAUAUUAUCUCACAAAUGGAACAACAUUUAACAACAUUGCAUGCUGUUACCACAUCAGGAGAUGUUUUGAUGGUCCAAAGCAUUUUUGAUGAGACAACAAGAGAUAGGAUUUUCCGUCUCUACAAGGGAUAUGUUAUUACCUACAGUAGGGACCCGACUGUUGAGGGCCUUGAGGUAUACUCUCUAGGUGAUGAGGCCCUGCUUAUGGAUAUGGGUAUCACCGUGCCUGCUGACCGUAACCUUGGUAUCGAACCAAACUCCAUAUAUUUCACCCGUCAUGACCGUGCUUGUUAUCAUGGCCGAGAAACUUCAAGCCCGGACAUAUGUGUGUAUAAUCUUGAAACAAAGACCCUCAAACGCUUCCCCGGUCUUGGUCUCGAUCUCUCCAACAAUUUAAAGCUUAAGGAUGCUCGAUGGUUUCUCCCAUCUUGAUUUGUUUCUUUCUGCAUUUUGGUGUUUUUGAGAAUCUCCACACUUUUUCUCCUA